UGACAACGAUGGAGAAAUAUAAUAUUUUACCUCUUUUUUUUCUCCCUCAAUAAAAGUGUUGUUUCUGCAGAGCUCUCUCUCUCUCUCUCGUUCUCUUUCCACACAUUCUUUGAUCUCCACUAUUUAAGUAGACAAGAAUCAUAAAGAAAAUAGUGAGAUGAUGAUGUUAGAGUCAAGAAACAGUAUGAGAGCUUCAAACUCAGUCCCAGAUCUGUCUCUUCAGAUCAGUCUUCCUAACUAUCACGCCGGAAAACCUCUUCACGGCGGUGACCGGAGCUCCACAAGCAGUGAUUCUGGAAGCAGCCUCAGUGACCUGAGCCAUGAGAACAACUUCUUCAACAAACCUCUCUUGAGCUUAGGAUUUGACCAUCAUCAUCAAAGGCGCUCAAACAUGUUCCAACCUCAAAUCUACGGUCGAGAUUUCAAGAGAAGCUCAUCAUCAAUGGUUGGUCUUAAACGAAGCAUUCGUGCUCCAAGAAUGAGAUGGACUUCUACUCUUCAUGCUCACUUCGUCCAUGCUGUUCAACUUCUUGGCGGCCAUGAAAGAGCAACGCCUAAAUCAGUGUUGGAGCUCAUGAAUGUGAAGGAUCUAACCCUAGCUCAUGUCAAGAGUCACUUGCAGAUGUAUAGAACAGUGAAAUGCACUGAUAAAGGAUCACCAGGAGAAGGAAAGGUAGAGAAAGAGGCAGAGCAGAGGAUAGAGGACAAUAAUAAUAAUGAAGAAGCUGAUGAAGGAACUGACACAAAUUCGCCAAACUCAUCAUCUGUGCAAAAGACCCAAAGAGCUUCAUGGUCAUCGACAAAGGAAGUAUCUAGGAGCAUAUCUACACAAGCAUAUUCUCACUUGGGAACAACUCAUCACACUAAGGACAAUGAAGAGAAAGAGGAUACCAACAUUCAUCUCAAUUUGGAUUUCACAUUGGGGCGGCCUAGUUGGGGGAUGGAAUAUGCGGAACCCUCCAGUGAUUUAACCCUUCUCAAGUGCUAAUUGCCUUAAGCUACAACAAAUAAGUCAGCUUAGGUUACCAGUUUUAACAUAAUUUUAACUUGUUUUGAUCAUAUGAGCUUCGGAAGAAUCAUAUUAUCAUCAUAUAUGAACUUCUUUCCAAGAAUGUUCUAUGAGUUUUUUGAUAUGUAUAAUCAAGAGAAUCGUUUGAAGUAGUAAGUAUUGUUGUAGUGCGAUGAGAAGGGAGUACAAGUUCAAGUAGAGAUAACUUGUUUUUGUUUCAGUCUUCAAAAAAACAUCUCAAUCUUCCAUUAUCACACUUUAAUAUAAAUUGGAAAAGAUUCUCUGGUAACUAAAAAGUUUCUG